AUUGAAAUUUAAUUUAAAAAUUAUAUUGAAUGGCUGAAGAGAAGGAGAUAGAAAUACAAGAAUAAAAGGAAGAAACAUAAGAACAUCAUCAUGAUCAUGACCAUGCUCACGAUCAUGCUCAUGAUCAUUCGGAUUCAGAUGAUGGUCAUGAUCAUAAAGGAGGAGACGAUAAAGACAAGAAAGCUAAUAGAGGAGAAAAGAAAUUCAAAAAGGCUAUGCUUAAAUUAGGAAUGAAGCCAGUGACUGGAAUCAAUAGAGUUACAAUUAAAAGAGGAAAAUAAUUCCUUCUUUACAUUGAUAACCCAGAAAUCCUUAAAUCAGCUAAUGUUGACAACUCUUACAUUGUUUUUGGAGAAGCUAAAGUACAUGACCCAACUGGUUAAAUUGGCAAAAAGGAAGCUGAUAAUUUAGCUUAACAAGUGUAAUAAUUUCAUUUUUUAAUGUAGUACUAAAUAAGUCGAAGAAAAACAUGAAUAAUAAUAACCAUAAACUUCAGAAUAAAUUAGCGAUGAAGGUAUUCCACCUGAAUCAAUUAAAAUGGUUAUGGAACAUUGUAAAUGUGAUAGAAGUAAAGCAGUGGAAGCCCUUAAGAAAUCUGAUAAUGACACUGUUUAAGCCAUUCUCACCUUAACUGGAUGAUAAUGAUUUAUAAUUUUUAAAAGAGAUUAAUAUAAUAAAACAUUAAUGCU